GAUAUUUCAAAAAGAGAUGGUUGGAAGCCAGAAUCUCCUACUGCUGGUCUGCAGCAUGUUGCUAAUAAUUGGUGCAGUGAACUGCCUCGGUUUUGACUUAGUGAAAUCAGAGAAUUACUGCUUCAAGGUGUCGGUUAACCAAACCGAUAACAUCAGGAUCUCUUACAGUAUCAGUGGAAAGGGUGAUAAUAAGGUCCUUACCCAGUUUUACAACCCUCAGAAUGCUGUUAUUAAUGAUUAUACUACGAAGAAGCAUGGAUUUGUGAACCAUGUGGCUGAGACUCCAGGGAUCUACAGAAUGUGCUUCAUGAGACAAGACAUGAACGUUAAGAAAGUUACCCUAAAUAUGCAUGUUGCUAAAGGAACCAGCGAGAAAGCAAAGGAGGAAGACGUCAAUUCUAUUGUAACUAGAUUAGAAUCUAUCAGAUCUGACCUGAACCGAGUCCAAGAAAAUCUGGAGGAAAUGCAACAAAGCGCAAUUACUAAGAAAUGAGAAACUGGACUCUUUGAGACUCUUGAUAUUUAUGGAUCCGAGAAAAAUACCAAGCUCAACCCCUCUUUGGAAUGAUUGGCUACCAAGUCCUCUAGUAAAGUGAAGUACUUCACCAUUUUCAAGAUCUUUGUGAUCCUACUGAUUGCCAUAGUCCAGACUUACUUUGUGAUCAAGUUCUUUAACACUAAUCAGAAGACAAGGCUGCCAUUCCACAGAGUCCAGAACUUGUAGACAUCUCUAAAUUCAAUAACAAGAA